GACCGCUUCUGUUUACUGUGUCUCGCGUAGCUCAUCGAAAAAGUGGCUGCAAUAAAGAAAGUUGGAUCAGUUCAAGAAAAGAACAAUAAUCUGUGCCGUCGAAGAAGUGCAGCAGUUAUACAAGAUGCCCACAUGCUCCAGGGAUAACUUGACACGAAUGUGGUCAAGCAACGAAAGCUUGAAUGCUGGGAGCAGCAGCAACACAAGCUCGGGCUUCCACAGUCCAGGUUCUCCGAUCUCCCUGUCGCCGAUCUCCACGUCUCCGGAUUCUACGCUGAAGAGGAGGAGGAUUAGGAGGGCCUCCUCCUUCGGGACGGUCAUCCAGGAGCCGUUCGUUAUUCAAUCGGAUUGCAGGGAUUCUCGGAGCCAAAGUCCCACCGAGUUUCAGCACAGCACCGAAGAACCGAAGAUCUCGCCGCUGGUUUGUCUGAUCGGAUGGUACCCGUGCUUCCUGAUGAAAGUAAUCAAAGCAAUAAUCAUCGCUUUUCUGCCGCACUCGUUCAAACAGCUGAUAUUCGCAGUGCCGAUAUUCUGGUUCUCUAUGUGGUUCUGGUGCUUGCGACAGAUAGUCCAGCUACCUCUGACCAUCUUCAAGUUCGCACUGUCGCUACUUUUGACGCCUUCUUCGGAGAGGAACCGGAAGAAACGCACCGUUCUGAUAAGCGGCGGAAGCACAAUACAGGCGUUGCACCUGGCCAGAAACUUUUACUCGGCCGGAGCGCGCGUCGUCGUCUGCGAGGUGGACGGAUACUUUGCUCUUGCUAGAUUCUCGAUGGCCGUGAGCAAAUUCUACACGGUGCCGAAACCGACGAGCGACCAGCAGCAGAACUACGUGAGGGCUCUGUGCGAGAUCGUGGACAAGGAGAACGCAGUCUAUUACAUUCCAGUGAGCGCGACGACUUCCGCAUAUUACGAUGCCGUCGCCAAACCGCAUCUGGAAUUACUCGGCUGCACCUGCUUCUGUCCAGGCAUCAAGGAAGUGUGGGCUCUGGACGACACCCUCGAGGUCUUGAGGCGAUGCGAUAAGAUGUCCAUCAGAACGCCCGUCUACUAUCCGAUCACCUCCAAGGAGGACGUCGACAAUCUGUACGAGACUGGGGCGAUCAGCAGGGGCAGAUACACCAUGUCGACGGUGGGACCGAGCGGGCUUAGGGAACGCGCCAAGAUACAUCUUCCCAUUUCCAGGAGCGACCUGAAAAUGCCGAACGAUAUUAGCGUGCACAGACCGUGGGUGGUCGUGCAGGACGUCGAAGGUGACCACUACUUCACCUGCACCACCGUCAAAGAAUCGAAGGUCAUAGCGAACGUUACCUGCAGACUGAAUUCGGCCACCAACGAUCUCAUCCCCGUCGAGAACAAGGAGAUCAGCCUCUGGUUGAACCAUUUCUUCGGAAAGUUGAAUCUUCUCAGACCGAUCACCGGGCACAUCAGUUUCCGCUUCGUGGUCAGCGAAGAGGGUAAAACUAUCGUCCCGUUGAGCUCCAGGGUCGGGGUGAGUCUGCCCUACAUCUGCUACACUAGCGUCCAUCCGAGGCUGCUGUGGAAACCCUGCAAACAUUUCAGUCGUCAGAAUUCUGGACCUCUGGUCGUCGAGAACGGUCGGUACUGGAUGCCCAAGACCGCCCUGGACACCAUCAAAAGUCCGAGCGUGGACGCCGUCACCAGGCUCAUCGGCACCGUCCUCGACAAGCGGGAGGCCCUCUUCGUCAUCUGGGACCCGCUGCCCUACUGCGCCUACUACCACAUGCAGUUGCCCUUCAGAAACGUUCUGGGCUUCAUCAGACGGCAGAACAGCUUCCGCGCUCCCGUCGCCGCCCCCGUCAACUAACCCUUAUAGACGACUAUACAAUCUCAUUAGGAGAGAGAACCAUAGUCUGCGUUAAUCAAACCCGACAUCCAUCCUCAUUGGGAAAGGGCAAUUAAUGUUAACCCUUAGAAACCUUAUUUAUUUGUUCCACUAAUAUUGUAUAUAUAUAUAAAAACACAAACAUAUAUAUAUCAACAAUAAUAUAUAUAUAUACGAAUUAAUUAAGCAACUGGUAUGUACGUUAUAUUAACUUUUGGUACCAUUGUAUCAAUGUUACGAGGUGUUACUUCCUCUGCACAUAAAUAAAGUAUAAGAAAAACGAA